AAAGAGAUGAGGAAUUAGGAGCAAGGUAAGAACCAAGAAAAAUAAGAACGAAACAAGAAGCAAAACAAGAGUUUUGAGAGGGCUUGAGCAAUAAAUAAGGAAUAGAAACUUUGUGUUUGGCUUGAGUUGUGCUUUCUGUAGUAUUGUUAUUAAGGAAUUUGAAUACGCAGAAAUGCUUGUUGGCGAGGUGGUGUCUUUUUUGAUUGGGAGCACAGGGAGAAUUGAACCGGAGGUGGCAGCAGAGGCAGCAAAGGCAGCGAACGCAGCAGAAGAGGCAGAGGAGACAGAACAGGGGUCUGGGCCGGGACACGCGUUUCAGAGACCAGAGGCGGCGGAGGGGGCAGAGGGGGCAGAGGAAACAGCAGCAGGAGCAGGACGAUUGGCUGUGCGAGUCGUGAAGCAGGGUAUUAUUAGAACUAUUAGAAUUCAGCAACAAGAAACAAGAAGCUUUUUUUCUCUUGUUUUUUGAAAACAGCAAAAGAACAGACACACCCAAGGGAGGGCUGCACACACCACACGCAGCAAAUGACCAACCAAUUUCCGUGCUUCCAGCGGUCCCACCGCUCCCGUCAGCUCUCUGAUUGGCUGC